AACUCAAAUAAAUCACGAGUCGGCUAGGCUUAGUAACAGCCCUAGGUGGCUAGGUUGGGCUAGAGUGCUAGAGAAUCCUUCUUGACUUGUGAGUACUCAAGGGAGUUAGAAAUCGUUUCUAAAAUACAUGUAAGAGGGAGUACCCAACUAUACAAUUGCUUACUUCCCUCGCUUCUGCAACUUCAAUUGCAGUGUCUCCAUAAUUUCUUAUCACUUCCAUUUUCUUCAGGUUUUUAGUGCUGCUUAUUCUUGUUCAACACUUACUUUGCAGCAAGUCUAAAGGAUCAGAAUACAAACAUGGAUGUCGAUUCACAGGAAACCAUGGAGGAAACUAUUUUGGUUGGUGAUGAUUUAAUGACGGGGCCUCCAUCACCUAUCAUUCCUCCGGAGAUAGCUCCUUAUGUACUUGAAGGUGUCAACUUAUGCGAUGGGUUGCUGAGGAAUUUAUAUUUGUGUUUACAGAUCAAUGAUAUUGAGCCAUUCUGUCAAGAUGAGAUUGCUAUGUAUCGACAGUGUGCUGAAAGAAGAGAUAAGGAAAUCAGGCAAAGGCUUCAAGAAAGUGAGCACAAAUUAGGUUUAUCAAUGCCACUUGAUCAAGCCAAGGAAAGAGCUGUUCAACUGGAAUCAGAAGUCACUAAGCUGGAAAGGCGUUUGAUUCUUGCCAGUGGAAUGGAAGGUGUUGAAGGAUUUCGUCAAAGAUGGAGUUUGCAUGGGUGUCUCACGGACAUGAGGAAUAGAUUGGAGUCCUUAAAGCAGGGGCUGGAAAAGAGAAAGCCCGAUGAGCCAACUCAGACUCCAUCAACCAAAAAAUGGUUUUUCUGGACGAAGACUGAAGAAGCAAAAGACAAGUGAGACAAUUUUUGCUACAAGAUGCAUUGUCAUAAGCAGGAAAUUGUUGAAUUUGAUUCAGAGCCGUAAUGCAGAUACAUUUGUAGCUUCAUUCUUAAAGUCCAGUUACUUUCCCUUUUCAUUAGAUUCGUUGUCUUAACCCAACACAUCAUAUAUCUGUCAGGUUACAACUUCAUUCAACUUGUAGUUUGAAGUUUACUCUUGCACAUUUUUGGUAUAGUUUGAGACUCAGUAGUAAUAAUCGAUAAUAUACAGAAUAAUUAAAUAUAGUUAUAUUAUAAGUU